AUGCUGGACCUGAUAAUCCGCGGCGGCCAAGUGGUUACACCCUGGGGUGUGGGCGACUGGGACGUGUGCAUCCAGGGCGAGAAAAUCGUCGCUAUCACCUCGCCCAACACCAUGACGGACGACGUCACGCGCGUCAUUGACGCCACCGGCAAAGUUGUCGUCCCCGGCGGCAUCGAGCCCCACGCUCACAUCGACGCUCCCAUCAUGGGGCCGGGCAACCUGCGCACCGCUCCGCCGGAACAGGUCAGCCGCGCCGCGCUGUUUGGCGGCACCACCACGCUGAUGGACUUUGCCAUCCAUCAUCCCGGCAACACCAUCCCCGAGGCCAUCCAGGAGCGCACCAACUCCUGGCGUGGCAACUCCUACGCUGACUACGCCCACCACCUGAUGGUGUUGGGCGAGAUUCCUCAGCGCACGCUGGAAUCGCUGCACGAGCACAUCGAAGAUGGCUGGGCCAGCGUAAAAAUAUUCACCACCAACAUCCGCCCGCCCGAAAUGUCCGGCGAGAGCCGCGCAAGGUUGGCAUGGGCCACACUGCACGACCUCCUGAUGGAAGUAUCCAGCGCAACGACGCCAUGCUGA